UGCUCGGCCGACUAUAUAUACAAGACGAAAUCCGCCUCUGAUCAUUUGCUGUCAGAUCUGCACUUCGGGUCUGUCAACAGACCGAAAGCUUGUUACACGACGCAGAGGGCAAACAUCCUCGAUCAGCUACCUGUUUCACCUCAGAAUGGCCUGCAAAGCGAGCUUCGUGUCGAUCUUGAACAAUGACGAUAAUCCAUCGUUCACCGUUCGAUCUGCUCCCCGCCUCUCCAGGCACCACUCCAGUCCUUCAUACCCUUAUUAUCCCGACCAGCAACAAUCAUUGAUGCCCGACUACCGCUCCUCCAACUAUCCCGAAUCGACCGCCAGUUCACCUCGAAUGAUGCGGUACCCCUUUGACCCAGUCUCCGAAGCCGCUCAGCCCGUCUCGCCUGGGUCCUCGGAUUGCUCCCAUGACUACAUGACCAGCGGAAGCACUAGCUCCUACUUUCAGUUCAGUCGUCAAGACUCCUAUGCCUACUCAUCCUCCAUCACACCGGCAGAGAAGCGGCUCAGUGGUGCUUCUUCGGCGGAGCCCCCCUCCCCGCAGAACUCGAUAGGUGGAUCAAAGGACAUGGCCGCUUCGAAGAGCAUCCGAAAGAACAAAUACCCAUGCCCGUACGCAGCCAGCCACAACUGCUCAGCGACCUUUACGACAUCGGGCCACGCAGCACGACAUGGAAAGAAGCACACCGGGGAGAAGAGUGUCCACUGUCCAAUCUGCAACAAAGCCUUCACCCGAAAGGACAACAUGAAGCAACACAUCCGAACCCACCGCACCCACUCCGAGGACAUGCCCACAGGGAUGCCGGAACGGAACCGAGACGGUGAAGCGAGCAGGUGGAGAACGACUACGACGACAAGAGAUGCUUCAGGACACAACCACAGCCGAUCGAUCAGCAACCAGUCCCAACUAGAUGGAAACACUUAUCACAAUGUGGCUGGGAUGCCGACACGGACUCCAAGUGGGAGUCACCGUCGGACGCCUUUUUGAAUGAUGCCUCACGAAUGAUUGAGAUGCAGUUUCAUGAGCGAUCAUGAUAAAA